UACCAUUUCAGAGCUGCAAGAAACUAAGACCUCCGAAUAUCACAGAAUAUCCCACAGUCCCCUGGAUUACAGGAUAUUAUUAAUGGAUGAAGAUCAGGAUCGGAUCUACGUGGGCAGCAAAGAUCAUAUUCUGUCUUUGAAUAUUAAUAAUAUAAGCCAGGACCCUCUCAGUAUUUUCUGGCCAGCGUCAGCAAACAAGGUUGAAGAGUGCAAAAUGGCUGGCAAAGAUCCUACGCAUGGCUGUGGAAAUUUUGUGCGUGUGAUACAGUCGUACAAUCGCACACACCUGUAUGUCUGCGGCAGUGGCGCCUUCAGCCCCGUGUGUGUGUACGUCAACAGAGGGCGCAGGUCCGAGGAACAAAUCUUCAAGAUCGACUCCAAGUGUGAAUCAGGAAAGGGACGCUGCUCUUUCAACCCCAAUGUGAACACAGUGUCUGUUAUGAUCAAUGAAGAGCUUUUUUCAGGAAUGUAUAUUGAUUUCAUGGGGACGGAUGCGGCCAUUUUUCGGAGUCUGACCAGGAGGAAUGCAGUGCGAACCGACCAGCACAACUCCAAGUGGCUGAGUGAGCCUAUUUUUGUGGAUGCUCAUGUUAUCCCUGAUGGCACUGACCCCAACGAUGCCAAAAUCUACUUCUUCUUCAAAGAGAGACUCACAGACAACAGCGGCAGCACAAAGCAAGUUCAUUCCAUGAUCGCAAGAAUAUGCCCAAAUGACACGGGUGGUCAGCGUAGUCUCGUGAACAAGUGGACAACGUUCUUGAAAGCAAGACUUGUGUGCUCAGUAAUGGAUGAAGAUGGAACAGAAACAUACUUUGAUGAGUUAGAGGAUGUGUUUCUUUUAGAGACAGAUAACCCCAGAACAACGCUUGUGUAUGGAAUUUUUACAACAUCAAGCUCCAUAUUUAAAGGCUCAGCUGUGUGUGUGUAUCAUCUGUCCGACAUCCAGACCGUGUUCAACGGGCCAUUUGCACACAAGGAGGGCCCAAACCACCAGCUGAUUCCAUAUCAGGGCAGAAUUCCAUACCCACGACCUGGCACCUGUCCAGGAGGAGCCUUCACACCUAACAUGCGGACAACCAAAGAGUUUCCAGACGAUGUUGUGACCUUCAUCAGGAAUCACCCUUUGAUGUUUAAUCCUAUCUACCCAAUACACAAGAGGCCAUUAAUCAUCCGGAUAGGAGCCGACUACAAGUACACAAAGAUUGCUGUGGACCGAGUGAAUGCCGCUGAUGGAAGAUAUCACGUCUUGUUUCUUGGAACAGAUCAAGGAACUGUACAAAAAGUUGUUGUCCUACCCACCAACUUCUCUGCAAGUGGAGAACUCAUUUUAGAAGAGCUGGAGGUUUUCCAGAGUAAUUCUCCUAUAACAACAAUGAAGAUUUCAUCUAAAAAGCAACAGUUGUACGUGAGCUCAGACGAAGGGGUCACCCAGGUAUCCUUGCAUCGCUGCCACAUCUACGGCACCGCCUGCGCUGACUGCUGCCUAGCCCGAGAUCCAUACUGCGCCUGGGAUGGCAACUCCUGCUCCAGGUUUUAUCCCACAGGGAAAAGGCGGAGUCGUAGGCAAGACGUGAGACAUGGAAACCCUCUGACUCAGUGCCGAGGUUUCAACCUGAAAGCCUACAGAAAUGCUGCAGAAAUCGUUCAGUACGGAGUAAAAAACAACACCACCUUUCUGGAAUGCACACCCAAAUCUCCUCAGGCUUCCAUUAAAUGGCUGCUACAGAAAGACAAUGACAGGAGGAAAGAGGUCAAGCUGAAUGAGAGGAUCAUAGCUACUGAGCAAGGACUCCUCAUUCGCUCUGUCCAAGACAGUGACCGAGGGCUUUACCACUGCAUCGCAACAGAGAACAACUUCAAGCAGACCUUAGCGAAGAUCAAUUUCAAGGUGUUGGAUUCAGAGAUGGUGGCUUUAAUGACUGACAAGUGGUCCCCGUGGACGUGGGCCAGCUCAGUACGAGCACUGCAGUUCCACCCAAAGGACUUUGUAGGAGCUUUCAGCCACUCGGAAAUGCAGAUGAUUAAUCAGUACUGCAAAGACAGCAGACAGCAAGGUCAGCAGAGGGAAGAAUCCCAGAAGAUGAGAGGAGACUACAGCAAACUAAAGGCCUUGAUCAAUAGCAGGAAAAGUAGAAAUAGAAGGAAUCAAUUACCUGGAUCGUAAUUUUAUUUUUUAGUAAUAGAUAUCUUUGUCCUCACUGUAGGGGGCUUAUAUUUGUCUGUUGAGAACAAAUUUGAGCAAAUCUGAUAAAAAGAAAAAAAAAAGAAAAUCCAAUAAGUCUCAGAAAAGAUCCUUCUCCCAAUAAAAUGCAGUGUAACUUAACUAAAGAAAAUAAUUCAGAGCAUUUUCUUUCUUAGAUGCUUAUGGACGCUAGGAUGGGCUCUGUCCUAGAAGCAGAGCUGGCUAUUCAUGUUAAACCAGAUUCACCUUUAACAUCUCAGUAUUUAAUUACAGCUGAAUAGAAAGUAUUACAAAAUCAAUGCAUUAUAUUACAACUCCGG